UCAGUGAUCCCUGUGAUGCUAAGUGGCUAACGGCUAAUAACUAAAGUUAUGUCGCGGUGUAAAUGUGGCGCGUAGCGUUAAGAGCUUUUAACCGCUGACAUGUGGACCGCGUUUGUGUGUGGAGCCGCGGUGUUUCCGGGUCUUUUCUACGGCUUCAGGACCGUUUUACGGUGGCGGUUUCCCCGGUGGAGAGAGGCGGACUUGGUGACCGUCAGUGAGAGCCUGGUUUCUGCCGUCCAUGCCUCUCUGGCCACUGCGUCUGGAGUCACGAUAGUCACGUCCUGCAAAGAUGUGAUGACCGACAGUCACUGGCUGGUGGACAACUUCGUCCUGUUUGGCGCUCCCUACAUGGCCUUCGACAUCUUCGCCAUGUACCUCAGCCACUACCACAACCAGAGGGUCAAAGGUCGCGGCGGGGAACACUCCGUCCAGACGGUGAGAUCCUUCCUGCUCAGAGACACCCUGCUGGUGCUCCAUCACGCCGCGCUGCUCCUCGUCUUCAUGCCCGUGUGCCUGCUCCUCAGGAGAGGCCUCGGGGAUUUCUUCAUCGGUUGUUUCUUGCUCACAGAGCUCAGCACGCCGUUCGUCUGCUUCGGAAAGAUUCUCAUCCAGCUGGGCCUGGAUAACUCCAUCCUGCACAGGAUCAACGGCGUGGUGGUCCUGCUGACCUUCUUCACGUGCCGGGUCCUCCUCUUCCCCUUCAUGUACUGGGCGUACGGCCGGCAGCUCGGCAUCCCGCUGCACCGGGUGGCCGCUCAUCUGCCGCUGCACUGCAACCUGGGAAACCUGGUGAUCCUGGCCCCGCAGGUCUACUGGUUCAUCCUGCUGCUGAGGAAAGCCAAGAGGCUCUACCUGAGACGGAGGGCGCCGCAGGCGGACGCGGACAAGCCGAAGACCGACUGAGGCGGAGACAGAAUGACCCAGGCUCCGUUUACACGACGUUUCAAGUGAAAACGCCUCUUUUUUAGCAUUUUCAUUUCAGAGGAGUUUUGGGUUUACACGGCAACAUUUUGAGGGGGAAAAAAAAGCAUUUUCAGAGGUUCCUAGCAUCGUCGUCAUGUAAACCAAAACGCAAAAAGUUUCCCCUUUUAACUUGAAAAUUUGUAAAUGAAGCCCAACACUGCCCCAAGAAGCACUUGGGGUACUUAAAGCUUUCAGAAAGUUUUCUACUGAUCGACUUCAUGAGUUGCACAAAACUAAAUCACCAAUCCAAACAUCUGGAUCAGAGUGAGAACCAUCAGGCAAUGAACAAGAUGUCAGUAGUAUCGUAGCUAAACCUUGCACUUUUUUUAAAAGAAAUUUUCCAUUCAUAACACAUUAUCAGAAUUAUUUCAUAGGUCAGAAUAAAGCAGUACAUACCCACUGAUUACGACAGAAAGCUGCUACAAAAAACACAAAAUGCGAAAUUACUGCUGGUUUGAACUGAAAAAUGUCACCAAAAAGAAAAAUCUACACGUUUAAACUAAAAUGAUUAUAAAAGCAGUAGAUCCAGUGAUAAAUAUGUUUUGUUGACAUGAUUCAGUCCAAAAAAAUCCAGUAUAUCAUUUUAUUCCCUGUGCUACAUAAUUGUCCUUUAUAACUGCAGAAAAUUCAAUUUACUGGUAAAAGUUGUUUUUAAAAUGAUGUGGGUGUGAAAUGUUUUCGUGAACAAAGCUUCAAACUUUUUCUUGUAGUCUUGUUGAACUCAUGCUCGUUGUUUGGAAGCUGUUACGUUCGUUAAUAUGCAAUGUUUUAAUGACUACUGUGUUUAUCCAAUCAUAUUCUGAGUUUUAAAUAAGGGCGUGUGCAAAUCAGUCGGCUUUAAGAUUAAAUGUCAUUUUAUUCACGCACAUAUAAUCAUGCUCGUCAUGCUCAGGCUAAUGAGACAUUUAUCCAGAGACGCUGUGAACCCGCCCGGUCUGAGAAGACAAUGAAACAAUAGGAAUUUUGACUAUUUUUUGCUUGUAUUGGGCAAGUGGAUGAGUCUUAAUAAUUUUCUUUAUUUAGCUGGGUCAUUAGGAACAUCCUUGAGAUGUGUGACUGUUGCUCUCAGGUGGAGAAAGAGUUUGCUGUUGGAUGUUUUGUAGAAUUUCUCUGUAAAUUGCAAAGCUACAACCCGUAUCACUGCUUGAAUAUUUGUUUCUAAUACCCAACAUUUUUGUUAAAUCAGUGGAGUCACAGUAAUGAGUUCAGUCAAACUCACGUCCAAAAAAACAAGUUUCAUUAAUUCCUGCCAAACGACUCUUUUCUGUAGUUCUGGAUUCCAAAGUUUUUAUUGUACUUGAUUUCCUGAAUCAAAUCAUAGGAUUGUUAAAGCAGUUUGUGUGUAUGUGUGCUAACACACAAAAGGUUUGGGUUUAAGCAGCAGUA